GUUCUUAAACUUUCAAUAUAAUAAAGGUCAAGGAAAAAAAAAAAAAAAAAUGAAAUGAAAUCUAUCUAAAAUAGUGAAAAAUGAAAAUGGUGGUUGAAAAUAAAUCUGAUAGAAAGGAUAAUUUGCUUGCAAAUUGGAAUUUCGAUCCUCCAGCGUGUGAAAAUUCUGCUAUAGGUUAUGAAUCUAAUAUAAUAUAUCGUGCUGAUGGUGGACGUGGGGAAAGCACCGAUUUUGAGGAUGCAGCUUUUAAUUACAAAGGUCUUGAUUGCUUUCUGUAUGGAAUUUUUGAUGGACAUAAUGGGGCAAAAGUGGCACAUUUUGCCCAGCACAAAAUUGCAACAGAUCUAUGUUUUGGGCAGUUAAGUGAUAUAUAUACAGAUGAAGAGGUAUAUAAAAAAUUGAAUGAAACAUUUGAGAACACUUCAAAGGAAUAUAUGGAUUCCAUUAACCAAGCAUUGAUAGGAAAGCUUACUUUAGAAGAUGCAGUAGAGGGUUUAGAACCAUACUUGGUGCAACAAGAAUACCCUCAACUAUCUGAGCAACUUAAUGAACUUAAAGCUGAAGUAUCAGGUGGCUGUUCUGCUGCAAUAGCACUCAUCCAUAAUACCCGGCUGUUUGUUGCAAAUGUUGGUGACACUCGUGUUGUGCUGUGCAGAGCAGCUGGAAACAAUGGAGAACUUGGUGUUGUUCAGCUCAGUACUGAUCAUACGGUUUCAACAAUAUCUGAGUUACAAAGACUUGGAAAUCUUGGAGUUGACAUAGAGCAGCUUCAAACUCUCUCCAUUCUUCGAGUAACUCGCAGUUUAGGUGAUUGGAGCUUAAAAGCAGGUUACAAAAAUAAUUAUUUUUUGAGUUCUGCUUCUGAAGAGCCUAUUCUUUCAAUUCCAUCUAUUCACGGUGGGGAAGAGAUAGAUAACUCAAUGAAGUUCUUGAUCCUAAUGUCACAUGGUGUGUAUCAUGCCUACAUGCAUGCAACAGAUGCUUUACCAGAAGAGGUCAAUUCCGGUAUUGCUUCAAUGGUGGAAGAAGAAAUAGGGAAAAGAUCUUCCAUAAAAGAUGUGGCUCAAGAAGUUAUUAACAGAAUAUGUCGAAUGCACCAAACCAAAUUUUUAAAAUCACAUAACACGCAUUGCCUUAAACGAGAUGAUAUGACAUUGAUAGUUAAGCUUUUUAAUAUGGAGCUAGGUUGCACGCAAAACAGGUCUUCAUCCGGGUGCUUCGAAAAGCGAUUUGCAAGCUAUAAUCUUCCACCCUUAAAGAUACCUUCUGCGCUAGAAAAGACUGCAAAUACUCCCAGUUCUACAGGAAGCAAUACGCCCUCAACAGCUACACCUGGUACUCCUAAAGGUGUUACUGUAGGUCCUUUUUCGAUGCACGUUUCUAAUAAUGAACAAUUGAAUAGCUCUCCGCCUACUACCGCCUUGGGUUUUAGCAGUACUGAACUAAUUUCCACUAACCAAACUAUGAAAACGUUUGACAAACCUCCUGACAUGACAAUGUUUAUAACUGAUAAUUUUGAACCGAGUCCGUUUUUCAAUGAAAAUACUUCUCUUUUAGUCGUUGGUAAGACUAAGUCAUAUUCAAACGAGAAUCUAUCUUUGGACAAUUCAAUGGACAAUUUAAAUAAAACAUACUCAAGUUCUCUGUCUUGCAAGGACCCUUCUGAUAAAAUUUAUAAUCGCGUAGAGUCAAUAGAGUUGGACGAAAACGGACGUUGUCAACCUUAUGUUGAUUUUUCUGAAUUUAUAAAAAAUGUUGAACGAGAUGGGGGAGAAAAAGUUCUUUUUCCUGAACUGUUUCUAUAAAUUCUUUUAUUAUAAUAGCAAUACUAUAAAAGUAUUUUUGAAGUAAAUUCCUAUAAGCUUGUGUGAUUGAUGUGCUCAAAUAGUUGUCUUUGAAAUGACGACAUUACCUAUAAAUUCGGAGCAAAUCUAUAAAUCUAUUCAAUCUAUCCAUUCAAAUAUUUACGCAACCCAAAUUUAUCCUACCCAUAAAAUGUAAGAGAGAAAAACUAAUUAUUUGUAAUUAUUAACCUGUAUUAAUCGUUUUUUUUUUUUUUUAAUAUUAGAUGUACUUAAAAAUUUAUAAAUAAAAUCUCAAUUUCAAAUUUUA